GAUAGCCUGAUAUCCGGACUCCUGCAAGAGAUUUGCUGUCAGCUUGAGAUUCUGGAAUACCGGUUGAAAAUCUCAUAUGACCAACAUAGUCUCUGCAAUUGCAUUCGUCACCAUGGUCGUAUAUAUGAAUACGCGCAUAUGGUAAAUCGCAGAUUUGCGAAGAUAAUUGCUCUCCAGUUCGCAGUAAGCAUGCUAGUGGUGUGUGCUAAUUUAUACAAAUUGGCUUCUAUUUCUAUCGUAAUGAUCAAUGGAAGCCUUGUUACACUGAUAAUGUAUACGGCCUGCAUGUUAUCACAGAUCUUCCUCUACUGCUGGUUUGGAAAUGAACUCAAAUUAAAAAGCAUUGGAGUAGCAAACAGCAUAUACAAUAUGAAAUGGCACGUAUUUAAUAACAAGAAUAAAAAAGCUCUGUUGCUAAUCAUGAGACGCUCAAUGGUUCCUAUUGAAUUUAAUAGCGCGGUUAUUAUCACAUUGAAUCUUGAUUCAUUUGUGUCUUUACUUAAAUCAUCGUAUUCAGCUUACAAUUUAUUGAACGAUGUACAAGAAGCUCAAAUGCUGAAAUUUUCACUCAUGCUCUGCGCGAUCGCUGCAUGCUGGCAACCGAUUACAUGGACAUCGCUGUGUAAACAUAUAAUUUAUAAGACUUAUGCAAUAUUUCUGAUCUCCUCAUUAUAUUUAUUUUUGUUUUCUCAAUUUAUAAACAUUACAUUAAACGUCGGCAACUCUGAUGAAUUUACCGAUGCUUUAUACAUGAUGUUGACGAUAUUCGUAGCAGGUUACAAACAGGUUUAUAUGUGGGUAGACCGUAAGAAUUUUAUGAUAAUAAUAAAUAUUUUUAACGAAAAACCUUUUGCACCAUAUGAAACACAUGAAGUAAUGAUUCAACAAAAAUUUGAGAAACUGAUACAAAACAAUAUGCGGAGGUAUUUAAUCAUCGUCUUGAUGUCAAUCGGAUCGAUAGUAACGAUGUCUGUCUCCACGGACUUUAUGAAAAGAAACUUGACGUAUAAGGCAUGGAUACCGUUUGACUACUCAUCUCCUGCUAUUUAUUUUGUUGUAUAUAUUCACCAAUUAAUAGCUAUGUCAACCUCUGGUAUAGUAAAUGUUGCUUGCGAGAGUUUACUUUGUGGAUUUUUACUGCACAUCUGCUGUCAAUUUGAAAUUCUGGGGUAUCGACUGACAAAACUCACGCAUGAUCAAAAUAGUCUACGCGACUGUGUUCGUCAUCACAACUGUAUCUUUGAAUAUGCAUAUACAGUGAAUAAUAUGUUCGCGAAAAUAAUUGCUAUCCAGUUUGCUGUGAGCAUGUUGGUAGUGUGCUCGAAUUUGUACCGAAUAGCGAUGGCGAGAGAUUACGUUAGUUUCAUUCCAUUAAUAAUGUAUACGAGUGCUAUUUUAGUGCAGAUUUUCAUCUACUGCUGGUUUGGAAACGAAGUCAAGUUAAAAAGUCUUCAAUUGAUAAAUAGUAUUUAUGAUAUAGAAUGGCUGGCACUUAGUAAUAGCAACAAAAAAGAUCUCUUAUUAAUUAUGAAGCGCGCAAUGACUCCUAUCGAAUUUACUAGCGGGUACAUAAUCACGAUGAAUCUUGAGUCAUUUGUAGCUUUGCUUAAGAUGUCAUAUUCUGUUUUCAAUUUGCUGCAUCAAACAAAUGAAUAG